UCGAGCAUCAUUCGUUUCUCAGCGAUCUCAGCUGGUCAAGUAAGCAACCUGCUCGUUUUCUGUUCGAGAAACAAUUAACCGAUCGACCAUGUACAAGUUCAUCGCUCUGUUCGCCCUCUUCGCCUGCGCUCUGGCUGCGCCGGCACCCGAGCCUGCACCAGGUUUUGCGGCUAUCCAUGCGGCUCCGGUCGUCGCUGCGGCGCCUGUGGCAGUGGCCCAUAGCGUCCCCGUCGCCACCAGCUACGCCAACACCUACAAAGUCUCGGUAAAGAGCCCCUUGGUCGCCGCUCCUUACUACGCCGCACCCGUAGCCCCUGUGCACACCGCCGCUGCCAUCGUCAAGACCGCUGCGCCCAUCGUCGCUGCACCAGCGACCGUCUACGCUCACGCACCGGUCGUCGCCGCCGGAUACACGUUCUGAACUGCUCUCCGUUAAUCUGAAUUCUUCGACGACCAACGGGACCACUUCUUCAGCCUCUAGUCGACCGUGUUCAACAUCGACCACGUUAUCCCCGGG